AUGGAGCAAGGUGAAUAUUCUAGUGAUCAGGAGGCGCCGGAUGCGAUUAUCGGCAGAGGGAUGAGCUCCUGCGAGUCGGCGCCAGGGAAAUCGCAGCAUAUCGAGUGGAUGGAUCCGAAAUCCAUCAGGUUCUCACAGCGGCCGGUGUUUGAAAAGAGUGUGGCUUUGCUAAGGAAAGGCGCUGAGAAGGAAGGAUCUUCGCAGAGCUUUGCGCAGGUCGCGGCGGAGGGCAGCCUGGAAGGGCUGCUGGCCAAGCUGAGAGAUGGCUCGGUCGGGGUGGAAGAAGUUCCACCCAUUCGCGUGUUCUACCACGAGAAUGCGUGGUACACCUUGGACAACCGGAGGCUUUGGGUGUUUAGGGAGCUUGGGAAGCGCAUCCCCGUGGAGGUUGUCGAGGCCUCCAAGGAGUUUCUCAAGAAGCUGGAGCCAAAGUUCGCUGGGAGAGAGGUUUCUUUCCGCAAUCCAGGAAUGGCCGCGGAGGAGCAAACUCUUUCACGCCAAGUUCUGGCAUGGUCUUUGGACAACAUAAACAACGAAAGCUUGCUCGUCAAUCAGGUUGACAAAAUUCCCUUGGAGUUUCCGGAUUUGAAAAACUAUCUGAGCGUAUUCCGACCUCUUCUACUUGAAGAGACCCGCGCCGCCUUGCAGCAAAGUCUUGAGAUGAUCAACGAGUUGCCUUGCGUUCUUGUCGAGAUGGGCAAGGAAGUCCGUGGUCGGGAUGGCGAUGACAAGAUCAGAAGGUUUAAGAUGCAAAUUUCGAAAGACAUACUAAAGCCGAAGGAUUUGGUUCUCCUGACAACAGCAGAGCCAGACUGCCUGACGAUUCUGCGAGAUAGUGGCGAGUUUUAUACUCUUGCUCUUAUUAUCGCUGGCGACGACAUGGACAGUGACGAGCUCAAAGUCGACGUAUACGCUCCUAUCUACAGUUCCGAGUACGACCCCUUCCUUGAAACCAAUCGACCGUGGUAUGCUGUCUACUUGAGCUCCCUCGCCACUGGAAUGCGAGUUUGGGAGGCUCUGAAACGUCCUUCACUGGCUCUAGCAGGUCAAUAUCCUAUAUUUCAAGAAGUUCUCCAAGCAAACUCGGGUGAACCGGAGAUAGAUGACGUCGAAGGUAUGACAAGCUCCGAGAUUAGUUGCGCAAGGUGGUUUAAGCUCAACGAUUCUCAAAUGGAAGCUGUCUCGAGGACUGUUAUCGCUCUGAAGAGGGAACAGAAGCCUUAUGUGAGACUGAUCCAAGGACCGCCCGGAACAGGAAAGACAUCGAUGCUCAUAGCUCUGAUCUCUGUGCUUGCCGGCUCCAGCAAGCGGAUACUUAUGUCUGCUCCGACAAAUGCCGCCAUAACUGAGGUUGUGGUGAGGCUUUUUACGUCGAUAACAAAGCAGCCCUCCUCUUUUAUCGGGUGUACAAGGACCGUAUGUCCUCGUGACGUCGUGUUGGUGGGCAACAAAGAAAAUCUUCAAGUGGAUGACAACGAGAUCCUUGACGCUGUUUUCCUUCAGAGCAGAGAAGAACGAUUAGCGACUGUCCUCGCUACUGCUUGCGGGUGGCAACAGAAAGUUCUUUCUGUCGUGGACUUUCUGGAGAAUGCAGAAGAACGCUAUAGGCAGUAUAAGCAGGAUAAGAAGCCCGACGAGCCUGCCGAGAGCUUCCUGGACUUCUCCAGGGAGAGAAUGACGUUUCUUGGGGAUCAGAUGCUGAGUAGCAUUGACUUAGUGUGCAACGACCUGCCGUCCACCUUUCUCAAGUCUACUGAUAUCCUUGGAGCCAGACACCACGUCACCGAGAUCAAUGCAGCCUUUGGACGAUUUCGCGAAGACUCUGAAGUUCUGAACUACGUCAGUUCUACUUCAGGGGCCGCAGCAGCUCUUCUGAACCUGUUGAAGACAAACAUGGAUUUUGUGACGUACCCGCCUGGUAAAAUUCCUACUGGUGAAGAACUUCUGCGGCACGCGUCUGUAGUCUGCUGCACGGUCUCCUCUGCAGGCAUGAGAAUUGUGCAGAAUACCUCUCGACAUUUUUAUACAGCGGUUAUCGAUGAAGCGGGCCAGCUUGUGGAAGCAGAGACAGCAAUUGUGAUGGGUCUACAAAACGUGAAGCAGCUGGUAUUAGUUGGGGAUCACAAACAAUUACCAGCGACUGUUAUAAGCAAGAUUGCUCAGGACUACAGCUAUGGCAGAAGUCUUUUUGAGAGGCUGCAGCUCCUCGGACAUCCUAGUAUAAUGCUCAACGUUCAGUACCGUAUGCAUCCUUCUAUCAGUCAGUUUCCAAAUUUCCAGUUCUAUGAAGGUGCAAUCUGCGACGGGCCAAAUGUUGUGGAUGACUUCUAUGGCCAGUUAUCACAAUCGCAGCUCUUUGGUCCUUACACAUUUUUAAACGUGCACGGUGUUGAAACGAAAGACGAAAAGCACAGCAAGAGCAAUGCUGUGGAAGUGAAGGCCAUCAACGAUCGGCUUAAGUCCUGGGACCAUGGAAGUUUAAGCAUCAAUUGUCGUUCUGUCGAUGGAUUUCAAGGACGCGAAAAAGAUGUUAUUAUCUUGUCCACCGUUCGGUCAAAUGUUGGUGGUUACCUGGGUUUUCUCGAAGAUCAUCGACGAUUGAACGUUGCAAUAACUCGCGCAAGGCACGUUCUUUGUAUUGUCGGUAGCGCCAACACUUUGGAAUCCAGUGACGGUGUUUGGAGACAGCUUCUCAACGAUGCGCGGCAUAGGAAAUGUUAUAGAGAAGCUUCACAGGAUUCUACCGUAAAGAGAACUAUUCAAAGAGCUAUGGCGGAAAUUCACCAGCUGGAGUCUCUCGUGGAUCCCCGCAAAGAGUUCAAAGUUAGUUUCACGUCCAUCUCGUCGGGAUCGACAAAGUUGCAUGUGCUAAAUGCCAUUCUCAACCUUGCCAAUGGACGUCGUCCGAGACACGCGUUUACGGCCCCCGUUCCCACGAAGCGAAACUACGUUCAGUUUCAUCUUACGAUGGAAAUGUAUCUAGUUUGGACGGUUGACUUGGACGCCGAUUGCACAGUUCAAGUCCUAAAGUUCUGGGAUUUUCUAAAGCUUGAUGGCCUUCCUAGGAUUGUCAGCCGUCUUGAGAACCUGUGUGCUACAUACUCGGGUGCUUAUUUAAGAAGAUCGAGCGAACGCCUUACGGACGGGUACAUAUGUCCCAACUUCUCAAUAUUGAAGGGACUCACAGUAUCUUUUUGUAGGAAGCUGGCCGUGCCUGCUAGAUGGAGCUCUGGAGCUGAAAUAGCUCGGCAUAAGUCCUUCAAAGAGAUUGCAAGCUCUGAGGCGAACGAGGAGACCACGACUGGCGAGAACUCAAGCGUGUCAGAAAGCUUACUGUUGAUGAAGUUUUAUUCUCUAUCAACAGGUAUUGCUAGACAGCUCUUAACAGCCACCGACGGUAGCCAAAUCGAUCCUCCAUUCGAGGUAACAGAUCAAGAAUCUCAAGUUGUUAAGUUCCCCUGGAGUUCCUUCGUCGUCGGAAGGUCGGGGACAGGAAAGACAACAAUUAUAACCAUGAAGCUGCUUAACCGAGAGCAACAGUUUCGUCUAUCUCAUGGGCUCGCUGAAGGUGAAUCUCCGGCUCAAACUGUAGUACGUCAAGCUCUGAUAACUGUCAGCUCAAAACUAUGCGCGGCAAUUAAGCUUCACCUUCAAAGGACACGCAGAUCUCUUCAGCGAAGCAACGCUGUCAACAAAGAUGACAUGUAUGAGAGAAAAGGCUUACUGCUGGACGAGGAAGCAGAAGAAAAGUUGUUCAGCGACAUACCUGACAGUUUCGUCGACAUAUCCCCGCAAGCAUUUCCUCUCGUCAUCACGUAUCGAAAGUUUUUAACCAUGCUCGAUGGCAGCGUUCCGAGACCUUUUAUCGCCAGGAGGGACAUGGAGACAGCGCAAGGAACUUUUAUUAGAGUUGAAGAUUGCGACGACAGCGAUCGCUUGGAUACAAAUGACGACAUUGAUAUCUCUUAUGAAACUCCGAAGACAUCUCAACGGAUUCAGCCCAGAAAAGAGGUGGAUUUUGAUUGCUUUGCCGCAAGCUAUUGGCCGCAUUUGAACUCUAGCUUCACCAAAAAGUUCGAUGCCUCAGUCGUCUUCACCGAGAUCAUGUCAUCGAUUAAAGGAAGGCCUGAAUCUCUACGAAGCCAUAAAGGACGGCUAUCUCGAAAUGACUACGUUUAUAUGUCUUCUUAUACUUUGGACCAGAGCCAACGAGAAAAUAUUUAUGAGCUCUUUCUACAAUACGAGAAGCUAAAGUCACAGCGACACGAGUAUGAUAUAUUGGACCACGUCAGAUAUCUAUAUCGACAGAUCGAGGGUGGGGAACCUUUAGGACCGAAGCUUCAGUUUAUAUACGUCGACGAGGUCCAAGACCUCACUCUGGCUCAGAUCAGUCUUCUCAAGUUCGUUUCUGACAACGUUGCAGAAGGAUUUGUUUUUGCUGGAGACACGGCACAAACAAUCGCUAAAGGCGUAAACUUUCGUUUCGAGGAUAUCAGGAGUUUGUUUUACAAGGAGUUUUUGGAAAUUGACGACAGGAGGCAGAUCACGAAAGAUGGGAAGUUGCGGAAGCAGGCACUAUGUAAUAUCCAUCAGCUGACGCAGAAUUUUAGAACUCACCAAGGGGUUGUCGAGCUCGCGGACAGCAUUAUGCAGUUGCUGUUGUUCUUCUUUCCGGAAACAGUUGACAAGUUGGAACCGGAGCGGAGUUUGAUAUGUGGCGAGAAGCCCGUUGUUGUGAAGUCCGAUGAGAAUUACAACCUCAUCACCUGCCUAUUUGAUCACAGUGGAGGUUUUGGACAGGAGUCCGACUUUGGAGCCGAGCAGGUGAUUCUAGUGCGAGAUGGUGAAUCCAAGCAGAAACUUUUAAAGCGACUAGGAACGCGAAGCUUGGUGCUUACUGUAGAAGAAUGCAAAGGUCUCGAGUUCCAGGAUGUUCUACUGUACAACUUUUUUGCGCUGUCGAACUUCGGCUCUAAGUGGAGAACUCUGUACACCUAUCUCGACGAGACAAGUCUUGUGAACUGCUGCUGUCAGGGAUAUCCCAAGUUCGAGAAAAGGCUUCACAACAUCCUGUGUAACGAACUGAAGCAGCUAUAUGUGGCUAUUACAAGGUCCAAGCAGCGUCUUUGGAUAUAUGACGAGGACUUUAUUUUCCAGCAGCCCAUGCUAGACUACUGGAUUACGAAAGACUUGAUGUUCAACGACCGCCAGUAUGAUAUGGCUGUCUUGUGCUACCAACGAGCUCAUGAUUCGUAUAGAGCUCAGUGGGCACAAGCUGCUCUGCACCAGCAAAAUGGGGAGAAGAAUCUCGUCUGGAAUCCCACCAUAGCGACUCAGCAGCUACAAGACGCAGUGAACCUUUAUGAGAGAAUUGCGAAGUUCGAAGCUGCGGCAAGAUGUGUGUUGUACAGGGACAAGUGCAAUCCGCCGCGCUGGGAAAAUGCUGCCCAAUGUUUUGAACAAGCAAAGAUUUAUGAUGAAGCAGCAGAAGCAUAUUCCAUGGUAGAAGAUUUUCAGAGUUGCUUAUCCGCAUGCCUGGCUGGAAAGCUGUUUGAGAAGGGACUGAACUUUAUCCGGGACCGAGAACAGCAAGAUGCUUCAUUCCUCAGCAAUAAGUACGUGGUGAAUCUCUUGAAGACCUCGGCGGAGCACUAUCACAGAAAGAAGGACGUUGACAGGAUGAUGAAAUUUGUUCACGCGUUUCCGGGCAUUUCCAUGAAGCGGGACUUUUUGAAGAGGCGUGACUAUCUGGAGCAGCUUAUGCAAGUGGAGUUCUUCUACAUGAACUACGAAGAAGCUUCUCAGGUAGCCGAAGCGAAAGGAGAUCUUAUAGCCGCUGCAAAGUUCCUAGAACUAGCUGGACAUCGAGCCGAAGGAGCUAGAAAAAUCAUCAAACACAUGCAGCUGAAACUUCUAUGGGCGAACAACAACCUGGGGUGGCCUUUGCGGCCUUUGGAAGAUGAAAAGCUCGUCACUGAGGCUCACAGAAUGGCAAAAGGGGAUCCUCGAGCAGAAAUCCAGCUUCGAGUCCUAAGAGAUGACGACGACCUCUCGCUGUCAGAUGUUUUCGAGAACUGGAAGCUGGCGAAAGACGACCCGACUAUAAACAUCAUAGUGCUGCGUCAGCUCUUGGAGAAAGGUCUAGAGUUGGCUAAAGGUUCGACUUCGCUCGGGCUUCUUACUCUACAGGUUUUGGACAGGCCGUUGAGAACAGCUAGUGACAUGACCAACACUCUGCAGUUUGUGGUCGCUGUUUGGAACACUUGGUUCCAGAAGAUAAGCUCGCUGCUGAAGGCACUGGCAAAGAUCGAGAAAAUUAUUCCGCAAGGCGACGCACUUCUGGAUUCUUGCUUGGAAUUUAUGGGCGUUACUCGGCACCAUCUUCCCGGGCUGUGCAUAGUGGAGGACAGCAUGGUUGACUGGCUGAAACGGGGUGGAGACUGGACCGUCGGCAGUGGAAAGGCACAGCUGAAAACGGAAAAGUUUCUGUCUCUAGCAACAGAUUUUUGGCGGGGUCAGCUAGAGUCGACGAGCGCAAUCUUCUGUGAAGUGCUGGAAAGCCACGCAGGCAAUGCUGGUGGAGCCGAGAGCUGCCUGUCAGUGUUGAAGAUUAUGGACGUGGUCAGUAGCUUGGGGAAGUCCGAAACUCACGAAAGAAGACUCCGAAGUCUCAGGAUGGAGGUUUUCCGGUGUUUAUUCGUACGCCGAGGGAAUACUCCCGUUAGCUUACGGGACCAUCCCAAAGUUACUCCUCACCUGGGCGCGCUUGCCAGAGACAUUACAGCAGCGAGUGAUUCGGUCGAAGAAACAGUUAUGCUACAGAUUCUGGAGCCUUAUUUGAGGAAUGGUCCCGGGCAGGAUUUUAUUGCCAACGAGUACUGCUACCACUUUGCGAUGCCGAUGAGCCAGUGUGCUCAAGGGCUGCACGACAUCUUUAGCAUGGAAGGCUUCCAGCAUUAUAUCACUCCGUCGAUGUUCAUCUACAUGCUGGAGCGAAUACUUGUUUCUAGCAUUGCGUGCUUAUCACACAUCGUAGAGGCAACGCUCCCGGAAAGCCUGGCUAUGGAGUUUAUGACGGGGUCUACGCAGGAAAUUCUGUACACGCGGAUGUUGAGGAUGGGCUGCUCCGUGGAGAAAGUUUGCAAGAGUGUUGGGACAAACUCUCUGGAAGUCAUUCAGAAGAUUUGCAGUUCUCUGCUACUCGGAUACCGCCUGGACAAGUGGCUGCUCGAUAUCCCAAAGUCAGAGGUAGUCUUUCGGAUUAUUCGAGUGCUCUUAACCAUUUUCAUGGAGUUUGAGAACCAGGCAGUGAACAGCCACAUAUUCAGAGAUCUGAGGAGCUUGGUGACCCGGCAGUCUUCUGCGCUGGACCAUCUUCUUCCGAGCUUGAGGCAGGGGCUGCAGUGCCUCUUCGAGACAGGUGCAAACUACAAUCACUUCCGGCUACUCUUCUGCCGGUUCAUGGUUGAAUGCGGCGAUCAGUUUCUGCUUCUGAGGCGGAGAGACAAAUUCAGGCAUGGAUUUAAGUCUCGGUUCCAGACUUAUGUCAACGUGGAGCCGGAGCCGUGGAAGUUCAGCCUGGCGUCACUGCAGCAACCGGAUGAUAUGAUGCUGCAGACUGUGGAUGCUGAGGAGGAGGAAGUUGAUGACACAACGGAGCUGAAACCUUCCGAGGUCGAGCUGACAUUCGAGUGUCCGGAGCCAGAGAUGACGGCUCCCGCAAAAGAAGAAGCAUUGUCUCCAUGGUACCUGAAAGUUGGCGAUUCGAAGCUCGGCUUUUUCGUGGUCUGGAGGCUGCUGAAAAAGCUGCAAGUUGCCAGAGAGAACUUGGUCCAGGAUGACGAGUAUGUCCGGGAAGCCAAAAACGCGUUUACCACUAUGGCUUGUAAAGACGACGGCUACGUUUCGUCAUUCAUCUCCGAAGUGUGUCCUCUAAAGGUCUGCAUACUUUCCUUUCUCUUUUUUCCUCCGGUUCUUUGUAACACUCUCCUGGCAGGCGGACUUGGUGAGUUUCGUGCUGGACAUGGCUUCCGCCAUUGA